ACUUGGUCCAUCGGGCUUUCACUUAAGAAACUGACCAAUAUACGGCUUAAACCUAAUACAAGACGCAACAACCCCUCCAUUUGUGCUGAUUCUCUCCAUCGCCUACGCCGCCACAGCUACGACGUUCGACCAGGUUUCGGCUAUCAGCACCCGAAGAAAACAAACAACAUCCAAUAUCGUUUUUUUUUCUUUGUAAUGAAGAAGAAGCUGCAAAAGGGGGCACUAUCUACAGAUGACCUCAAAACCCUAAUCCAUGAUCAUGCUCUUUUCUUUGACAAGCUAGUUGAAUUAAUCCCUGCAAAAUUCUACCUUCCCGUUGAAGAAGAUUCAAAACCCUGGUUCCAAGGCCUGAGCAAAGGCAAAAAAGCCUCUCUCAAACAACAAACACGAGAAAACAUCAAGAAAUCCCGCCGUGAUCGCCUUGACCCUGAGAAAUCACAAACCACAACACUAGACCUCCUCAAAAAAAGCAUCAGCAAGAAUGAAAACAGUAACAAGGAUUCUGAUGAUUCUGAUGAUGAUGAUGAUGAUGAAGAAGAAGAAAUCGAAAUUAAAGUGAAGCCCAUUACAAAUUUCGAUGGUGAAACAAGUAACAAGUCUGUUACCUAUGAAGAGCUACGCCAGAGAUUGCAUUCUAAGCUUGAAAUGCUUAAAGCGAAUCGAGGCGAAGGGAAAAGAACAAUGAUGAUGAAUGAACGGAGGGAAAGGGGUGAUUUUACAGACAAGAAACGAAAGAGGGAAGAUCAUGAUAAUGGGGGUAGGGGUAGUGGUAGUGGUGAUAAGGAAAAGGAUAAGGAUAAGUUUGAGGGUGAUUUUGAAUUUGGGAAAGUGAAAUUAGGAGAUGAAGAUGGGAGUAAGAAGAAGAAGGUGAAGAAGGGUUCAAAAGUACAGGAGUUGGAAAAGGCAAAGAAGUUGAAAGAAGCAAAGAAGGAAGAUGUUGUGGUGGCUACAAAGCAUUCAUGGAAGGCUGCAACUGAAAAGGCGAUGGGAGUGAAGGUUCAUGAUGAUCCAAAGCUUUUGAAGAAGAGUUUACAGAAGGAUAAGAAGAGGCGUGAGAAGAGUGCAGGGAAAUGGAAGGAGAGAGUUGAGACACAGGAGAAGUUGACUAAGGAGAAACAGUCAAAGAGGAGAGGGAAUAUUGAAGAGAGGGCUAACCAGAAGAAAGCUAGGAAGAUUGCCAAGAGGGAAAAGAAAUUGAUGAGGCCUGGAUUUGAAGGGAGAAAAGAAGGAUAUAUUGGUGAUAAAAGGGAUUAAAAGGGUACCAAAGUUUAAUCCUUUUUUGGAUGUUUUAUGUUGCUUAUUAUGAUAUGAUUAGGUGAUGUUUUUAUUUCUACUUUGUGUUAGCCUUGAAUUUUAACAAAAUUUUGAUGAUGGAAGUUUUGUUGUUAA